UGCGUGGUAGGAGUGCUCAGGGAGGAAAUUUUAUGCUUUAUAAAUUGUAAGGCAAAAAACCCAUCACAAACCUGGAAAGCUUUAACUUUUUGAUGCCGAAAUGCACCAGGAAACCAAGCCACUGGGUUCCAGUCCAGCACAUCCUUCCUCCUGACCAUUGGUGUUCCCCAGGGAGGGUGGCUGCCCAAUGUUCUUCCAGCUGGCAGCUGAAUAGUUCAGGAUGAGGAAAGCAGGGGAGAGGAGGCGAAAGCAGGCUGAAAACUGUCAUUCAGCACACUUGUACAAAAAAGCCUAUUAAACAGUGCCUGACAGCUGUAUUGAUUCCUGCUACAGUUUCACAGAGUGCCAAAAGGCUCCUCCUGCCUGGUGGUUUGGAGUUUGGCCUUCAGAGGAGCCCAGCACAGAAUGACAAACUGGUGCACGUGCUCCUGUGUCAGAGUGACAAAUUGGUGAGUGGUGGGAGUGACAAGAGCCAGGUCACUGCAUGCUGGACAGAGGAAAAGAUUUUCUCUGUUUCCUGCUUCCCAGUAGAUGUGGUUACCAAAUGUUCAGGAUGGUGUCUCAAGCAGUCAAAAGGAACCCACAGGUGGAAGGCAACACAACUGACGUAAAUCAGCAUAUUUUCUGAAGAGAUUGUGCAUAUACUGCUGAAAAGGUUAUCCUGCUGCAUUGUAAACAACCACUGAACCUUCAGAAGAGAUUUCUCAUCUGGGCUGUUUUGCUGGUGUGGUGUAGUGCCAUCGUGUGGAUUCAGGAUUGGUGGAGGCAGAAAAUUGGCUUGAAAGACAAAAGCAGAUAUGGGGUGCACUAUGCCUGAGAUUUCAUAUGAGUGAGUCUCUUGAUGACUAGUACAUGACAGAAGCCACAUUACUGCUUUAAUUACUUAUAAUGAAGGAUCACGGGAUGGUGAUGUCAUCAUUUAAGGCUGCCUAUGUCUAAGUGCACUGCCAGGAAGAGGAAAGUUGAAUGAUGAUUUAUGUACCUUGGACAAAAUUCAGGCUGUGUUUCCUGGAUGAACUAUGUUUCCUCAAUAUAUCAUUGCUGACCAUAAAGGACAACAGCUUCAGGAAGAAUGGUGGCUGCAUUAACAUGACAGACAUGAUCACAGUAGCUGGAACACACAAGACACCUGUGUUUAGUCAUGUUUUCAUUCAAGUUGGCCAGUUUUUUCCAGGUGUGUUGUGUAUAAGCUACAGUCCUCUGAAAACACAUAAAACUGCUUAGCUUAAAAGCCUGGAAAUCAAAUGAAGAAAUUAUUCUGGUGACCUUACUUCUGUUCCUUGCAUGACGAACAUGAUGGCAUCUAAAACCAGUUUUAGUGUGCUGGAGCAGAGCCUGAAGCUGGCAGAAGAGUACAGCUUUGGCUUCAGUUGCUGAGAUGCCAGAAGAGAUUGUAAGUCCUUGAAAUUCUUCCAAGAAGUCACUUUGUCCUGGAUGAAAACUGGCAUUUAUCAGUGCAGAUGAUAGUGGUGUAUUUUAGAUGGCAUCAAUAUUGAUUUGUAUACUACACGAGCUUUUAAAUAUGAUUUAAGAUAAAGCUUAGCUUAACGUAAGACAUUUCUCCACAAAGCAUUGAUUUAAUGUUAAUGUUUUAUGUGUUGCUUUCUUUGCUAUAGACUUUCCUUUGGUUCACAGACUUCCCAAGUAACCUUCUCAGUUCCCUCUUUUAGGCACUUGCAAAACCCCCACAAACACUUGACAUGUAAGUACUCAAAAGUUUAAUUUAUACUAUCUGACAGGCAGCUUUAAAAGCAAUUAAUUAAUGGUGGUCAUUAUUGCUCAUCUCAAAUUCAUUAUUACCCUUCUAGUUGCUUUGACUUGGCUUAUUGUUUUCCCAAGCCUUUCGAAGACCAUGGAAGAAGAUCAAACAGAAAAGUUAAAAUAGGUGCAACGGCACUGAGCGUCAAUCUCCUCUGUGUGUCUGCUUGACCUUGCCUGGGCGUUUCAGAGUGUGAAGGCUGGGGAAGCCGAACACUGUAGCCGCUGAUCUGUGUCUGAAUCCUGACGACCAGAUCUGUGGAGCAGCGCGGCUGUGUGGAAGCAGCAUCAGCUCUCGGGAGAGGAGCAGCAAGUAUCUCCUCGGCAGGUUGAAGAUGCCCUGACAGGAGAGGCGCUGGGCGAGGGCAGGAGCCCGAGAGGAGCGGCACAGCUGAGGCAACGAGGCUCUUUCUUCCCGGCCGGUGGCGGCGGGGCGGCACCGGACCCAGGAGGAGCGAGGGUAGCGCCGGCGGAGAAGCAUCCCGGCGCGGGCCGUCCCGUCCCUGCCCCGCUCCGUGCGUCCCAUCCCGGGCCAUGGGCCGGCCCGACUGAGAGCCCCUGGACCGUCCGGCAGCCCGGCCGGUGCCGCCCGGAGCGCCGAGGUGGGGCCGCAGCCGCGCGGGGAAGAUGCGCUCGGCGGCGCGGACAGCCGCGUUCCUCCUGCUCUGCGGGGUGGCCUUGGGUCUCUACUUUCCCAGGAAGGAGUACUUGGAGAAUGUCUACAUUGACGAGCCAGCGGGAACGCCGCUCCUGCGCAUCCAUGCCUUGAGGGAUUCACGUGAGGAAGUGGCCCACUUUCAUCUGUGCCAGAAUCUCAUAGUUCCUCGAGCAAGACCACAAGAAAAUAAUUUGUUCCAAAUCAGAGAAGAAACAGGACUUCUCUACCUCAGCAAAAGCCUGGAUGGAGAGGACUUUAACAUGCUGUCUGUAGGAAAUUGGGUGCCAUUAUCCAAGGUGAUGCUUUAUGUCUUCCUUUCAUCCCACCCUUUCCAAGAGAAGGAAUGUGAUUCCGCUACACGUGCCACGGUUCUCCUCUCUUUGAUCAAUGCCACUGCACCAGCUUGCAGUUCCCUGACAGCAAGGCAGCUUUGCUUCACAGAAAUGGAUCUCUCCUUUCAAAUCAAGGAGAAUAAACCACCUGGUACAUUUCAUCAGCUCCGGUUACCCUCAGUUCAUCAUCUGUGCCAGAAUCUCAGCAUUUCCUACAAAUUGCUUGCAGCUGAAGGAGUUCCCUUUCGGUACAACGAGAACACCACCGGCGUGCGGGUGACGCAGCGCCUGGACCGGGAGGAGCGGGAGAGAUACGAGCUCAUUGCCAAGUGCACCGUCAGAGAGGGGCUCAGGGAAAUGCAGGUUGAGGUGCCUUUCCUGGUCAGUGUGUUAGAUGAAGAUGACUCUCCUCCCUUCCUUCCCAAUGGCACUGAUACUGCAGAUGCUGUCGUGGAGUUCAACAGGAAAGAGGGCACUGUUCUUUCCACGCUGACUGUGUACGAUGCAGACACCACACCUAUUUAUCCCCUUGAAAGCAGCAGAAAGAAAUACACAGGAACCAUCAUUACUGACGAUCCCUGGAUAAGUGAAACAUUUCGUGUAGAGCACAUCUUCGAUGAAAUCCACUUCAGCCCAAAUGGCAGCCAAGUGAGGGGAACUCGGCAUGAGUAUAAACUGGUACUGAAUAAAAGCAUUUCAGUCACAGAGCAUCGUUCCUUCCAGCUGGAUGUUUUGGUGAAUGACACAGAAUUUCAUGGCCCAGAAAGAUCAGUGAUGCUUCACUUCAAUGUCUCCAUCCUCCCUGUCAGCAUUCAGUUUUCAAACAUAACUUACCAGUUCACAGUGAACAGAAAUGCUGAACGUUUUGCACAAGUAGGAAAGAUCUGCAUUGAAAACUGCAUGAAAUUCCGUGGUGUAAACAUCACCUACAAGUUGCUGUCCCCCAACUCGAGCUGCUAUCCUGUCAACAUCCUGCAAGGCCGAGAGGACAAAUUUGGGAGCCUCUAUGUGAACGAUUCCUCUGUGCUGCGCAGACCUGAAUGCAAGGAAAUACAGUACACUGUUCAAGCUACAGACAAGCAGAGCAGGAAACACACCAAAACCCUCCUCACUGUGGUCCUGGAAGGGACUCUUUUAAAAAAAGAAGAGGACUGCCCUGACUCUUGUGCUAUAAGUAAGCACCGUGCUGAAUGUGAAGAGUGUGGUGGCCUGGGAGUGCUAACAGGAAGAUGCCAGUGGAGACAGGGGAGUGGGAAAGGGAUCACCACAAACUACUCCACGUGCACCCCGAGCAUCAAGACUUGUCCAGAUGGCAUCUGUGAUGUGGUGGAGGGCAAAGACCCGGCUGUGUGUCCCCAAGACUGCACAAGUGGAAACAUUAUUGGUGGCCAUGGGAAGGGCAUUGGAAAUCUUGGAAUUAAGUCAGGACAUGGAAUUUGUUACUGCUUCCCAAGACAGAACUGUUAUUGUGAGAAAGAUGAUAUCAAAGAGCAACUGUGCGAUGACUUGUGCAAGACGGUGAUCACAGGGGCAGUGGUGCUGUGCUUCGUCAUCUCCGUGCUGGUUUCCUUCUACUGCAUCCACCGGUACCACAAGAACUCCCCGAAGCCGCCCAUCGCCUCCGCCGAGAUGACGUUCCGGCGCCCCGCGCAGUCCUACCCCAUCAGCUACUCCUCCAGCAACGUCCGCCGGCCCUCCCUGGACUCCAUGGAGAACCAGGUGGCUGUGGACGCCUUCAAAAUACCAGAAGAUCCAAAGUGGGAAUUCCCUCGGAAGAACCUAGUUCUGGGCAAGACUCUUGGAGAAGGAGAAUUUGGAAAGGUCGUCAAGGCGACAGCGUUCCGACUUAAGGGAAGGGCUGGCUAUACCACAGUGGCAGUGAAAAUGUUGAAAGAAAAUGCUUCCCAGAGUGAGCUGCGAGAUCUCCUGUCGGAGUUCAACCUUCUGAAACAAGUCAACCAUCCUCAUGUCAUCAAACUUUAUGGAGCCUGCAGUCAAGAUGGCCCGCUGUAUUUAAUUGUGGAAUACGCCAAAUACGGCUCCUUGCGCAGUUUCCUCAGGGAAAGUCGAAAAGUCGGCCCGAGCUACGUGGGCAGUGAUGGCAACAGAAAUUCCAGUUACUUGGAUAACCCUGAUGAGAGAGCCUUAACCAUGGGAGACCUGAUAUCGUUUGCGUGGCAGAUCUCCCGAGGGAUGCAGUACCUUGCAGAAAUGAAGCUGGUGCAUCGGGAUUUAGCAGCCAGGAACGUGUUGGUGGCAGAGGGACGCAAAAUGAAGAUUUCUGAUUUUGGCCUCUCACGUGAUGUGUAUGAAGAAGAUUCCUAUGUAAAGAGGAGCAAGGGUCGGAUCCCUGUGAAAUGGAUGGCCAUAGAGUCACUGUUUGACCAUAUCUACACAACACAAAGUGAUGUGUGGUCAUUUGGAGUUCUGCUGUGGGAGAUUGUUACUUUAGGAGGCAAUCCUUACCCAGGUAUUGCUCCUGAAAGACUCUUUAACCUCCUAAAAACAGGCUAUAGAAUGGAGAGACCAGAAAACUGCAGUGAAGAAAUGUACAACCUCAUGUUGCGCUGCUGGAAGCAAGAAGCUGAUAAAAGACCAACAUUUACUGAGAUCAGCAAGGAACUGGAGAAGAUGAUGGUGAAGAGUAGGGACUACUUAGACCUUGCAGCUUCCACGCCCUCUGAUUCCUUACUGUACGAUGAUGGGCUCUCAGAAGAGGAGACUCCUCUCGUGGACUGUAAUAAUGCUCCCCUCCCUCGAACCCUCCCUUCCACAUGGAUUGAAAACAAACUCUAUGGCAUGUCAUACCCGAACUGGCCUGAGGAGAGCCCCGUUCCACUCACAAGAUUCGAUGGCACUAACUCUGUGUUUUCAAGAUAUGCAAAUGAUAGUGUAUAUGCUAACUGGAUGGUUUCACACUCAGCGGCAAAAUUUAUGGACAAGUUUGAUAGCUAAAAUUUUCUUUGUGAAAGGUAAUGGACUCCUGAGGAAAGCAAGGAGGCAAAGAGUGGGAAGUCCAUUGACUUGUUCUUUGUACAAUCAACAACUAACUUUAAAAUUGGCAAAUCCCUUUAUUGGUAGUUUUUCAAGUGUGUUAUUUAUGCUGAAGACUAUAAUUGGUACUCUCCCCUUUCAGAAAGCAUAUCAAGCUGGAUAAGAGUUGUAGUUCUGGUACUUCUUUCUAAAUUGCCAGUUUGCAUAUGGUUCCAUUUGGCAACUUCUUAGUGCAAAUGGCCUUGCACUUCAUCCUCAGUGGUUUUUAGACUAACCAUCCCGUGUUACAGCAUUGUGGGAUGGUAAAGUGUACUUGAACUGCUCCUUUUAUAGUGGCUGUUAGCAUACAACCACUUGAUCUAAGCAGGAAGCACAAACAAUAUAUAGAAGGGAGGAGGGUGACAGGCUCCCAGAUUACUGAACUUGCUAUCAAAUGACAAGUGUUAGAAUGAUGUUGGCACUAACAAAGCAAAUAUCUUGGUUUGGAAGCAAACAUUUAGUAACUCAAUAGAGGACUUGAGAUUCAACAUUUGAAGUCUUGUAAAAUGUAUUGUCUUGUCUUAAUGAGAAGAGAAUUUGUUUUAUUAGUCUUAACUUCUCUUACCUUUAGCACAAUGGAGAUAAAUUUGAUACAAGAUAAGCUGUAUAGACUGAUGGCAAUCAAGAAUGUUCAUCUGACACAUUUACUUUCCAUUACUUUCCAUAUUAGUAAUGUUAAAACAUACAGUCUUGUACAAUCAUAGUUUCUUUUAUGAGUUAAAAAUAGGCUAUACAGGAUUUUUAGACUGAAUUAAUAGAAUAGAAUAGUAACAUCAUAGAAUGGUUUGUGUUGGAAGGGAACUUGGAGGUCAUCUAGUUCCAGCUCCCUGCCCUGCUGCUCACUUCUCUGUUGUGGGGAGGGACACCUUCCACUAAACCAGGUUGCUCAAGUUCCUAUCCAACUUGGACUUGGACACCAGCAGGCAUAUGGCAUCCACAACUUCUCUGGGCAACCUGUUCCAGUACCUCACCACCUUCACACUGGUAGAAAAGGACUUAUUUUUAAUAUCUGACCUAAACCUGCCUUUUUCAGUUUAAAGCCACUUCCCUAUCCUAACGUUACAUGCCCUGACAAAAAAACUCCCUGUCCAGCUUUCCUGUAGCUCCCUUUAGGUACUGAAAGGCUGCUCUAAGGUCUGCCCAGAGCUUUCUCUUCUCCAGGCUGAGCAGCCCAGACUCUCUCAGCCUGUCUUUACAGGAGAGGUGCACAGCUCUCUGACAGUGUUUAUGACCCUUGUCUGGACCUGCUCCAACAGGUCCAUGAAGUCCUUGUGCUGGGCAUGCCAGAGCUGAUGCAGCACUCUGGGUUGGGUCUCACAAGAUUAGAGUAGAGGAGGAGAAACCCCUCCUUGACCUGCUGCCCACACUGCUUUUGAUGUAGCCUGGGAUACAGUUGGCUUGUUGGGCUGUAAAAAUCUAUUCCCUGGUCAUACUGAGGAUCUCAUCAAUCAACACCCCCAAGUCCAUCCCCCCAGGGCUCCUCUCAGUCCAUUCUUCAGCCAUUCUGUCUUCAUGCUUGGGAUUGCAGGUGCAGGACCUUGUCUUGCUUUGUUGAACGUGAUGAGGUUUGUGUGGGCCCACCACUCAAGCCUUUCAAGGUCCCUGUGGAUGGCAUCCCUUCUCUCCAUUGUGUCAGCUCUACACACAGCUUGGUGUCAUUGAAAAACUUGCUGAGGGUGCCCUUGAUCCUGCUGUUGAUGUCACUGACGAAGGUGUCAGACGGUGCCAGUCCCAGCACUGACCCCUGAGGAACUCACCACUGGUCUCCACUUGGACACUGAACUGUUGACAGCAACUCUGAGUGUGACCAGAGUUAAAGUCUGUGAUUUCAGAAUCCAGCCAGUUCCUUAUCCACCACAUGGUCCAUCCUUCAAAUCCAUGCCUCUCCAGGUUCAAGUCAAGGAUGCCAUGUAAGACAGUGUCAAAUACUCUGCACAAGUCCAGGUAGAUGGCAUCAAUCACUCUUCUCUUGCCCACCAACACUGUAAUCCUGUCAUAGGAUGUUUGUAGGGUUUGCCCUUAGUGGUGCCAUGUGGGCUGCCACCAAUCACCUUAUUUUCCAUAUUUUGUAAUCAGAUUCCAUGGAUUGGUAGACCCUCAGGUUCCUUAGCUGGUCCAGAACAUGAUAUUCCCCUGUGGUGGGUGGUUCUUUAUUCUCACAGUCCCUGCCUUUGUCACCUCAGCAAAGGGGCUCGUGCAAACUUGGGCCUCAGUGGCUGAAGAACUGGUUGGUGAAGACCGAGGCAAAAAUGUACCCAAUGUCCUUGAGUACCUCAGCCUUCUCCAUGUCCCAGGUAACCCUCUCAGUUCUUUCUGGAGAGGGCUCAUGUUUUCACCAAUGUACCUGUAGAAGCUUUUUUUUGUUUGUUGUUGCCCGUGAUGUCUCUAGCCAGAUAGAAUUCUAUUGGGGCUUUAGCUUCCUAACCUGAUCCCUGGCUGCUGGGACAAUUUCUCUGUAUUCCUCUCAGGCUGCCUGUCCUUGCUUUCAUCCUUUUUCUGUGGGGAAAGCAUAGGCUUCCUUUUUGUGUUUGUCCGGGUGCUCCUUGUUCAUCCAUGCAGGUCUCCUGACAUUUUUGUCUGACUUUCCUUUGUUGCAUCGGUCCUGAACCUUGCAAGAGGUGAUCCUUGAAUAUUAACUAGCUUUCUUGGGUCACUCUUCUUUCAGGGCUUUAUCCCAUGAAACUCUACCCAGAAGAUCCCUGUAGAGGCCAAGGUGUGCCUUCCUGAUGUCCACGUUAGUGAGCUUGCUGUGUGCCUCUUCACUGUCCUGAGUGAAGUCCACCAUUUCAUGGUCACUGCAGCCAAGGCUGCCCUUGAGAUUCACAUUCCCCACCAGCCUCUCCUUGUUGGAAAGAACAAGGUCCAGCAUAGUAACUCUCCUCGUUUACUCCUCGGUCACUUGGAGAAGUAAGUUAUCCAUGUAUUCCAAGAAUCUCUCGGAUUGCUCAUGCCCUGCUGUGUUGUCCGUCCAAUGGAUAUGGGGUAGUUGAAGUCCCUCCCCUGUGAGGACCAGGGCUUGUGAAUAUGAGGCAGUGCCUCUGUAUCUGUAGAGGGUCUCAUCUGCCUGGGACUCAUCUCCUGGUUGGGUGGCCUUAGACCCCCACUAUAAUGUCACUUGUCCUUGCCCUCCCUUAAUCCUCGCCCAUAAACUCCUCAUCCAACCCCAGUACAGCUUCAAGCACUCCACGUGGUCUUGGACAUAGAAGGCAACACCCCUUUCUCCUGUUCCCUGCCAAAGGGCUUGUAUUCUUCCACUCCAACACUCCAGUCAUAGGAGCCAUCCUACCACAUACCUGAUGCCAGUAAGCUCACAGCCCUGCAGGUGUGCACAGUCUCCUACUGCUCUUGUUUAUCCCCCCAUGCUGUGUGCAUUUGCAAAAAGGCAUUUAAGUUGGGCCUCUGAUGGAGCACACUCACUGGCAGGAAUGGCUGAAUUCCCUAGCACAGCACUUCAGCUUCUCUCUUGCUGAUUUGUAAUCCCCCUCCAAGCUCUCUCUGGGCAUCCCUUGCUGGUGCUGGCAUCAAAUGAGUGGAAGUGGAAUGGAUUGAGGAUUCCCUCCCUCAGCAAUUUCAGUGUAAGCCUUCAAUGUAAGCUUGGCAAGCCUGUGGCCGGAGAUGCUCUGGCCAGUCCUGGCAGGUGGGUCCCCGUCGGACUCUGCCAGCCCAGGCUUUCAACAUGAGUCCCCAGGAGCAGCCAGACCCUGGCUGUGGCACUAGACCCCUGACUGUUUGCUGAUUUGCCAUUCACCUGGCCCUUUCAAAGCCCUUCCCUUUGACCAGGAGGACUGGAUAAAAAGCUGCCAGCACUUGAGUCCCUCAGCACCACUCCCAGGGAUCUGUAAUGUCCCUGGUCCUCCUCUGAGCACUCCUGGGUGUAUCCCUGGUGCACACGUGAAACAGCAGCAGCAGGUAAUGGUCAGGAGACUGUACGAGGCUCUGGGUGACAUCCCUGCUGCAGCUCUCUGGUCAUCAGUCAGGUUAUGAGUGGGUCCCUCCGUGCCUGUCAGAGCAGAGUCCCCUGCUACUCUGACAUGUCACCUUUGCUUGUUGUGCUGGUUAUUACACAGGGAGUAGAUGGGUUCUGCAGGGUCACCUCAGGCUUCAGGGAAAUCUCUUCCUCCAGCAGGUCCUUGUCAUUUCAAGUGUCCAUUCUGCUGCCUUACUGACAUCCCUCCUCCCUUCUCUGUGUGCAUGGUGGGGGAGUUUUUGCCUCUUUGGCUGUGGGUUUACUGCAGGCUGCCCUUGGAACCAGCCAUCCAACUCCUUCACAGCCUGAAGUUAUGUAGCCUUCUCACCCCCUCCUGCAGCUCUGCCACAGGACAUCCUCUGCCUCAGCACAUCUUUUGCAGAUACUCAAGUACAGAGAUUUUGUUUGCAGUCUUGUUAAGUGGGUUGGAGACCUCCUCUCAGCACCAAAUUGCAUAUACUGCCAUGCACAGGACACUGCCAUAACACAAUUCCAAAUAAACCUAUUACCUUGAAAGUAACAAAUAAAAAAAACAGUUGCACAGAAAAAUUGGCCUAAAACUCUGCUGUUGAAACUACUCAAGGCAAAUGUCACUGGAAUUUGUUAAGGUGGAGUAUAAAAAUGUUGUCCUUACAAAAGUGACUUGAUAUUUGGGAGAACAAUCAGAUUGUGAGUCAUGUUCUAUGUGGAAGAGUAAAUGAUCAGCACUACUUUUGUCUUUAUUUGUAAUCUACCAUGGUUAAGGGUAACCUUUCGUUUGCUACAAAUGUUGGGAUGUAAAUCCCGAGUGACGCGUUGUGAUGGUAAUUCUAAAUAAUCCAAUUCUACCAAAGCUUGCUCCUGUCACUUACAGUCCAAUUUAGAUGUUUCAAAUCUGUUUUCACAUGUUGUUUUGUGUAUCAACUUUAUGUUUCCAUUAAAGUCUGUGAUUUCAGAAA